GGAGGCUGGGGCCGAGCGCUCCAGGCACUCUCCGCGGUCCCGGCCGGUCUCUGUUGCCGCCGUCGCUGCCGCCGCCGCCGGGCGGAGAAUCCCGCGGAGCCGCGCGCGUCCCUGGCCGGGCCGAGCCGCCGGACCGCGAGGAGGAGCCGCGGGCGCCCGCGGGGACGCAAUGCGAGCCAGCAUCUCCUCCCUUUCCUGGAUGGGAGGCUGGGGCCUGGGGCUUUUCCUCUGACACCUGGGAGCUGGUGGCCUCUACCAGGAAGAAGCACGUUGCAGAGGACACCAUAGGGAACUUUGGUUGCUUGAGACAGAAGCUGCGGCAAUCGCUGGACCUACUGGAGGAGAAAGUAUGAGACCUUAGCAGCCUCAUCCGGAAGAGAGCUCCAACAUGGCGGCUCAGCGGAUCCGAGCUGCCAACUCCAGCGGCCUCCCUCGGUGCAAGUCCGAGGGGACCCUGAUCGACCUGAGCGAAGGGUUUUCAGAGACGAGCUUUAAUGAUGUCAAAGUGCCUUCUCCCAGUGCCUUGCUCGUGGACAAUCCCACGCCUUUUGGGAAUGCAAAAGAAGUGAUCGCAAUCAAGGACUAUUGCCCGACUAACUUCACCACCCUCAAGUUCUCCAAGGGUGACCACCUCUACGUCCUGGAUACAUCAGGCGGUGAGUGGUGGUAUGCACACAACACCACGGAGAUGGGCUACAUCCCUUCUUCCUACGUACAGCCCUUAAACUACCGUAACUCAACGUUGAGUGACAGUGGGAUGAUUGACAAUCUUCCGGACAGCCCAGACGAAGUAGCGAAGGAGUUAGAUUUGCUUGGAGGAUGGACAGAGGAAAAGAUAGGAUCAAGCAAAGCAUACAGUAACAACCCUUUCUGGAAUGGGACACAAACAAACCCUUUUCUGAAUGGGAACGUGCCGGCGAUGCCCAGCCUGGAUGAGCUGAAUCCCAAAAGCACUGUGGAUUUGCUCUUAUUUGAUACCGGCACAUCCUCGUUCACCGAAUCCAGCUCGGCAACCACCAAUAGCACCGGCAAUAUCUUUGAUGAGCUUCCAGCCACCCAUCAGCUUAAUGCAGAUCAGCCGGCCAAGCGAGACAACCCCUUCUUUAGAAGCAAACGUUCCUACAGUCUGUCCGAACUCUCCGUUCUCCAAGCCAAGUCGGACGCUCCCGCAUCGUCGGGUUUUUUCACUGGGUUGAAAUCUCCUGCCCCUGAGCAAUUUCAGAGCCGGGAGGAUUUUCGAACUGCCUGGCUGAACCACCGGAAGCUGGCCCGGUCUUGCCAUGACUUGGACCUGCUUGGCCAGAGCCCCGGUUGGGGCCAGACCCAAGCUGUGGAAACCAACAUCGUGUGCAAGCUGGAGAGUUCCGGGGGCGCCGUGCAACUUCCUGACACCAACAUCAGUAUCCAUGUGCCCGAAAGUCACGUGGCUCCCGGGGAAACGCAGCAGAUCUCCAUGAAAGCUCUGCUGGACCCUCCUUUGGAGCUCAACAGUGACAGAUGCAGCAGCGUCAGCCCUGUGUUGGAGGUAAAGCUGAGCAACCUGGAAGUGAAGACUCCCAUCAUGUUGGAGAUGAAAGUUUCAGCCGAGGUGAAAAAUGACAUUUUUAGCAAAAGCACAGUGGGCCUCCAGUGCCUAAGGAGCGACUCAAAGGAAGGGCCAUAUGUCUCCAUCCCUCUCACCUACAGCUAUGGGGACACGGUCCAGGUGCAGCUGGAGAACCUGGAACCCUGUAUGUACCUGGCGAUUGUUGCUCAUGGCCCAAACAUUCUCUACCCUUCCACCGUAUGGGACUUCAUCCAUAAAAAAGUCACGGUGGGUCUCUAUGGUCCCAAACACAUUCACCCAUCUUUCAAAACUGUGGUGACCCUUUUUGGGCAUGAUUGUGCCCCAAAGACCCUGCUGGUCAGCGAGGUCACCCGCCAGGCCCCCAGCCCUGCCCCGGUGGCACUGCAGCUGUGGGGCAAGCACCAGUUCAUUUUGUCCAGGCCCCAAGAUCUCAAGCUCUGCAUGUUUUCCAACAUGACAAAUUUUGAAGUCAAAGCCAGUGAGCAAGCCAAAGUGGUGAGAGGGUUCCAGAUGAAGCUGGGCAAGGUGAGCCGUCUCAUAUUCCCCAUCACUUGCCACAACCCCAACGAGCUCUCUGACUUCACCUUGAGGGUCCAGGUGAAAGACGACCAGGAGACCAUCCUGACCCAGUUCUGUGUCCAGACCCCGCAGCCGCCACCCAAAAGCGCCAUCAAACCGUCUGGGCAGAGAAGGUUUCUCAAGAAGAACGAAGUGGGGAAGAUAAUUCUGUCCCCAUUCGCUGCCACCACGAAGUACCCCACGUUUCAGGACCGCCCCGUGUCCAGCCUCAAGUUUGGCAAGUUGCUCAAGACCGUGGUGAGGCAGAAUAAGAACCACUACCUGCUGGAGUACAAGAAGGGCGACGUGAUCGCCCUGCUCAGCGAGGAGAAGAUCAGGCUUAAGGGGCAGCUCUGGACCAAGGAGUGGUACAUCGGCUACUACCAGGGGAAGCUCGGCCUCGUGCACACCAAGAACGUGCUGGUGGUCGGCAAGGCCAAGCCAAGCUUCUUCUCCGGACCCGAGCUGAGCACCGCGAUGCUGCUGGAGCAGAUCCUGAGACCCUGCAAGUUCCUCACCUACAUCUACGCCUCCGUGAGGACCCUGCUCAUGGAGAACAUCAGCAGCUGGCGUGUGUUUGCGGACGCCUUGGGCUAUACCAAUCUGCCGCUCACCUUCUUCUGCCGGGCAGAAUUGGAUAGUGAGCCCGAGCGGGUGGCAUCUGUUCUGGAAAAGUUGAAGGAGGAUUGUAACAACAUGGAGAACAAAGACAGAAAGUCCUUUCAGAAGGAACUCAUGAUGGCCUUACUGAGGAUGGACUGCCAGGGGCUGGUGGUCAGACUCCUGCAGGACUUUGUGCUGCUGACCACAGCCGUCGAGGUGGCCCAGCGCUGGAGGGAGCUGGCCGAAAAGCUCGCCAAGGUCUCCAAGCAGCAGAUGGAUGCAUACGAGUCACCCCACCGGGACAGGAGCGGGGUCGUGGACAGUGAGGCCAUGUGGAAACCCGCAUACGACUUCUUACUGACCUGGAGCCACCAGGUCGGGGACAGCUACCGGGAUGUCAUCCAGGAGCUGCACAUUGGCCUGGACAAGAUGAAAAACCCCAUCACCAAGCGCUGGAAACACCUCACGGGGACCCUCAUCCUGGUGAACUGCCUGGAGAUCCUGAGAGCAGCCGCCUUCAGUUCCGUGGACGAAGACGACCUUGUGAUUUGAACCGUGCCCCCCUCCCUGCUGCUCUGGGCUGCACCCCCUCUCUGCCGGUCCACGCUGGAUGCCCACAGUCGCCGUGGAGCUGGGGAGGCCUGCAGAGCAGCUGCUCAGACAGAUUCCGGCUCCCUCCAGGCUGGGCCUAUGCCCAAGGACCAAGCACACGCAGUUCUCCACCCUUCUCUCCCCCCAGGGAGGCCGAAGGGAUUUCCUACUGCAGGUCGUUGCCAAUCAAAUAGCUUUCUAUUUGUUAAGUAUAAAUUUACAUUUAAAAUCACUUUUUUAAAGUAUGGGGGGAGGGGACAUAGGAGAAGGUGGUAUCUAAUUUUUUAAUGCAUUGUAGGUUAAAAAACAAAACCACUUGAUGGGGACAGAUGCUUUUGAGGUUUUUAUGUUGUAUAAAGACCUUUUUAAAUUAUGUUACAGAUGUAAAUAUGUAUUUAUAGGUCAUCGAGGGCAUUUCUGAUCCCCAGCCACAUUUUGCAUUUCAUCACUUAGACAGAAAGGCAAUUGUUUGAGUGUUGGACCUUCUUUUCUCUGUACCUGUGAAAAGGUAAAUCACAUAGGAAAAGUGGUUUUCGGUCAGUGAGGAUUGCUGAUAUCCAUUCUUUGUGAGAGUGCUCUAGGCCCUACUCCCACCCCUUAUUUUAAUUGCCCUUGUACCUUUUCCUUUGAAUCUUUUGUGAGAGUUAGUGUGCAGAGUUAAUCCCGACAAUAGCGAUUAGGUGCUGUUGAGGGGUUUCUGCCAGUAGAUUAGAAAGCAUUUGGGAGUCAGAAUUCCUUUUGGGGCUGUUUCAGCUCAGAACCUCAGCCCCUGCCUGUGUGUACUCAGUUGUUCAAAAGAACAGUGCCAUCGGAGAGUGAGGUGGCCCCUGCAGCUCCAUGACUUCAUUGUCAUGUUUCUCCUUUGGAGGCAGGUGGGUUCUUCCUGUAGAGAGCACAACCGCGACGGCCACCAAACUUUCUCAUGUCCCCUGUAAAUACCGUGGUUCACUUCACAGUUAACACAUGCACUGGCACGCCACAGGGACCUCUGCCAUUUGCCAAACUCCCCGCUUCGUUCCAUCUAAAAUGUAACCCUUCUCCCUUCUUGGUACCCUGUAUCCUUGGAAAUGGAUGGUAUAAGAGAGAACCAUUUUGGGGGCCAGUGUAAAGAUUAACUGAGCACGAUGACAUUUUCUGUAAAUUGAAAUUGUUUCCCCCCUAAAAUCAGGGACCUGGCAAAGUGUUGCAUUAAUAAAUUGAACUUUUAGGGUUGUAGAUAAAUACGGAUAUGUGCAGGUAUAUCCACAUUUGAUGAAUUCUUUGCCUAGCAGUUGUGACAUCUCAGAAGGGAGCAAGAGACAGAACUGGGGAAAUAUUUGACAAAUCAAUAGAGUGAGGUGACCCCCAGGAACACACUGUAUUUGUCUGCAGUGGUGUUGGGCCAUUUGGGAUCCCCAGAUCUCCUCCUCUAAAUCCGCCUUCUUGAACUGUAUUAAUUACUCGGUAUAAUCAAUGUAUAAUCUCUUAUUGGGCCCAGACAUUGUUAUACAUCUACUGAUUCGGAUUCUGAAGGCCAACAGGCUAAAAAACAAAACAAACAAGCAAAAAACACUGAAACAUUUUAUGCUGCAAGAACCAGGACACGCAUUCCCCAAUCAGCACAUGAAAUAACCUUAAAUUCUGCUUCUCAACUCUUCCCCAUCACUUUUUUCCAGAAGUCAUCGCUCACCUUUUCCCCAAAGAAGAAACAAAACCAGUUGCACCUUAAACCAUGGAUAUUUUUCCUCAGGGGCUUCAAAUUGUUUCCUAUGCAACAUGUCUUGUAGCACAAAUUAAAUCCUAACAAAAGUUGCAGUAAAUUUUAUUUGGAUAUUUUAA